CUUCCCAUUUCAUGAUUGAAGAAAUCGAAUAAAAGGUUUCCUGACUAACAAUCACUUUUUUGGAUCUACAGAAAGAAAAGUUCGAAUUCAGGCUGUGUACUCAUUACUCCAUUGCAACUUCCGGAACCCCCUCCCCCAGCUCAGCCCUAUGCUACGCCGUGUCGUUUCCAUCAUGACAUCGUCAUCCCCGAAACGUUUCAUACCACUGAAGAAGAGAAAUCAUAGUCUCCCAGCCGGAACUCCCAGCCUUCGAGGCGUGGUCUUUGAUAUGGAUGGCACACUCUGCGAGCCUCAAACAUACAUGUUCAAGGAAAUGAGAGAUAUAUUGGGAAUCAACAAAACAACAGACAUCCUGGAAUAUAUCGAAACACUUCCAAAAUCCGAGCAGUCAGGUGCCCUCGAAUCUAUCCGCAACAUUGAACGAAAGGCCAUGAGGACACAAACUCCUCAGCCAGGCCUCAUGACCCUUAUGGCCUACCUCGACACCAAUGCAAUUCCCAAAGCAAUCUGCACUCGCAACUUUGACGUUCCUGUCCAAAAUCUCAUGGAGAAGUUUUUGGAGGGCUCCCGUUUCCAUCCAAUUGUCACACGAGAUUUCCACCCUCCCAAACCCGAUCCUGCUGGCAUUUUGUAUAUUGCCAAGGACUGGGGCUUGACGGAUGAGGCUGGCGAGGGAGAUGCCAGUGGACUUAUUAUGGUGGGUGACUCUAUCGACGAUAUGACAGCGGGUAGAAAGGCUGGCGCGGCUACCGUUCUGCUCGUAAAUGACGUGAACCGGCCGUUGGCGGAACAUGCGCACACUGACCUGGUCAUUAAUACGCUGGAUGAACUUGUUGCCGUUCUCGACGACGGUUUCGUGGGUAGAGAAGUCAGCUCAGAGUGAGGCGCCAUGAUGAUGGCUACCGACAAACUUUUGCAGGGUUGGCAUAUUUAGUAACCUCUUAGUUAGUUAGGCCAGUAAAGCAACUCUCAUAAUAAUUACUCAAACACGGUUUCAUUU